UAUGAUGUGUGAAUCUCUACAGGAAGAAUCUGGUUUAUACCCUGUUCGAUUGACCAAGAAUAAAAGGUGGGAAACUAGGCUAAAAAACUGUACUAUUAUGCAGUUCGAACCUCCAUCUAAUCUUAUAACUGGCGUGGGAAAACAGGAAACGGUUUUUGUCGCUAAUGGUCAAAUUCCAGGACCAACUAUUAUUGUUUACGAAGAUCAGCAGAUAGUUGUUAAAGUUAGAAAUCAACUUAUAGACUCAGCCGUUACGAUUCAUUGGCAUGGAAUUUACCAAAGAGGAACGCCUUUUAUGGAUGGUUCAUCAAGAAUUUCUCAUUGUCCUAUUUUACCUCAACAACAGUUUAGCUAUCGAUUCAUAGCAAGUCCUAAAGGAACGCAUUUUUGGCACGUUGAUUCACCUUCACUCAAAAUUACGUAUCAAGCAUUUUUAAAACAUAACUAG